GAAAAAUUAUAUUGCCAGACUAAAAAGUGUACUUCUGGUCACAAAUUGGCCAAAUUUUAGCAUAAUUUAGUAAAACUAGUGCCUACGGAAAGUGCCAGCGGGGAAACCCUGCAGAUAGCGUUUUUGUGGAAUGCAUAAUUGAGUGCAAAUUGAACGAUCGUCCGGGUGGAGAAGCUGCAAAGCACAGACAAAAAAAAUGGAACAAGCAAACGUCGAAAGCCGUUGUCGUCUGUGUUUUUCGGUGGAAGACCUUACAUGCUCCCUCUUCCUACCGGAGGGUGAACCUAGUCGGGAUUUGAUCGAAAUGAUACUGGAAUGCACCUCCAUAAGGAUAACCUUGGAGGAAGACUACCCCUCGAAAGUGUGCGAAAAGUGCUUGGAGACGUUAGACAAGUUUUACCACUACCGACAACGAUGUCUUCAGAAUGAUAAAAUAUUGAAAUCUCAGCGAAAUUCAUCUUGCAGCAACCGAGGUAAAUUGGUUCAAGUCAAGCAAGAACAAAUUGAGGAGCAGGAAACUCCUAGUAGUCCAGCUUGUCAGACUCCUGCGCCACCGGAACAACAAGCUCAAUCGGUUAAACAGGAAGAUCCUGGAGGUUCUUCCAUUCUCAGAAGCAUACUUUUACAAAGCCGUGAACCGGGUCGGGCUGAAUCGACUGCUUCAACGGAACAAGAGUUCGAGCAAGACAAUCUUGUACACCUGCAGAAAGCCGAACAAAAUGAACCACCAGCAGAGAAUCCACCAGAAGUCCCACCGGCUUCCCUGCUGCAACAGAUGCUUCUUCAGCAGGGGUUUUCCCCACGGGACAUUCAAUCGCCAGCAUCGGCAGCAGCAGCUGCUGCGGUGGUUCAUCCUGGAUCUAGCAGCAGUUCGGAUGCGUCGUCGUCACUCCUGAAACGCAUGCUUUUGGAGGGUGGAGGCGGCAACCAUGACUGUCCUUCACCGCUGGAAGGUCCUAGCACAAUGAAUCACAAACAAGAGGAACCGUCCCCUCCACCGACCAAUCACCCCCAGCCGCAGCAGCACCAGCAUGACGAGAAUCACAAUGAAGAACAUUCCGAGACACCGCUUGCAUCGCAACUGCGAGCAAUUUUGAUGCAGCAUCGUGCGGCGGCUGCCGCUGCUGCCGUAGCAGCAGUUUCGGCCCCUCCUGCCGGGAGUGGCAGUGGCUCGGCUGCAACGGUUGAUGCGGCAGCAUCGGGGACAAUGGCAGCAGCAGCAGCUGCAGCUCUAGAGAAACCAGAAGUUUCCUAUCUAAGAAGUCUGUUCCUACGCAAUGAUUCCGAUGCCAACGAGGACAGCGAUAGCGAUACAACAGACAGACCGACGGGAGAGAUGCUGUUCAACAUGUUCCAGGAGCUACGGGCGAGGAAUGAGCCACACUCUGGCGACUCGGAUGACUCCGAGGACCGUGCCUUUGACUAUAGGAUCCCGAGUGUGCGGCGACGCAGUUCCGAGUCGACUACGGAUUCUCGCAAGCGACGUCGGCUAGACUUCACCUGUUUGCUGUGCGGCCGACCGUUCCUGAACCGUUCGAAACUGGUGCUUCACAUGCGAACGCACAUAGGGCCGCCUGAUCCGGCACCACCUCCAGCGACGCAGCACAACUCGACGACUACGACAGCUGCUGCGACUGCUACACGAUCUUCCGGUGGUGGCACUGCGGCAUCAGCGGCGGCCGCCGCGGUGGCAGCAGCCGCUGCUGUAGCAGCUGCUUCCGCCGCCGCACCCGGUGCUAAUGCCGAAAACGACGAAGAAAGUCGUCAAAUCGAGUUGCUUGAGAGGCGUUCCUAUGCGUGCUACAUAUGCGGCGCCGAUCAAAACAACCUGCAACAGCUCAAGGAACACCUACUACUCGCCCACCAAGAUCGAAUCCGCAGUCGAGGCCGUGCCAAGGAAAGACCGAAACCGCUCAUCAGCUGUAAUUUCUGCACCCGGCAGUUUCGGAGUCAGUUCGCUUACGGAGAACACCUGAGGACACACACUGGUGAGCGGCCGUUCCCGUGCGAUCAGUGUGAUAAGCGAUUCCCGAGGCGCUUUCAGCUGCUAGGCCAUCUGUACAACGUCCAUAAGCAGUCUUGGGUGGCGGACGAGUCCAAGGCAAAGUUUGUAAAGAAGUAGCACUGUUGUAAAACAGUGCAUGCAGACUUGGUUGCAAAUAGACAGGCUGAUCUAACGAUGACACAGGAAAUGCUCCUGCUUAGGAGCCUUAGAUUGUUAACAAACCUUUCGUUUUAAUUUUUCUUAUUUUAUUUUUUGAUACAUUUAUAACAUACGAAAUUAUACCUUUUAUUAUCUGUUGAA